AUGGCCUCCGUCAUUGACGCUCAGUUUGAGCACUACCAUGCCCCAAACACGCUGGGCGUCCAGAAUUCUACGCCGAGAAUCUCGUGGAAGAUCAAAGAUGUGACCGGCUCGUUCAAGCAAGCUAGCUACGAGAUCGAGGUGAGCGAUGGCAACGCCAAUCAGCAACAACGCCUUGCUUUGACUGCGAAACGAACGUCAAGUCUCUCAACGCUCGUUCCAUGGCCCUUCGACCACACUCUUCGCUCGCGGCAGAACAUAUCCAUCAGAGUAAGACUCUAUGACGACAAGGAUAACGUUACUCCUUGGAGCGAACCGGCACAUCUCGAAGUUGGCCUGCUCGAGCGCAGUGAUUGGCAAUGUCAGCGUAUUGCUGCUCCUUGGGGCCCUGGUACUUCUCAACCAGACCCAGAACAGCUCUACCGGAAGGAGUUUCAGAUUUCCAGCGAAAUUGAGCAGGCGAGGCUCUACAUCACGUCUCAGGGCGUUUACGAAGCUGAGGUCAACGGCCAACGCAUCGGCGACUACUUCCUCGCUCCCGGGUGGACUGCCUAUGACAACAGACUACAGUACCAGACAUAUGAUCUCACGUCAGCACUCGUUGAGGGCGCCAACUGCAUUGGAGUACGUCUUGCUGAGGGCUGGUUUUCUGGUCGGAUCGGCUUUGAGGGAGGCCAUCGAAAUAUCUGGGGCCCUCACACUGCUCUUUUGGCACAGCUCGAGAUUUUCUACGCCAACGGUCAUUCUGAGAUCAUCGUCUCUGAUGGUUCUUGGGCUGUGACCAAGGGCCCUAUCAAGCUGGCCGAGAUUUACGACGGCGAAAAGUACGACGCCCGGGAUGAGAUCCCAUCCUGGUCAACCCCCGCGAUGGACAAGUCAGCCUCCAACUGGGACCCUGUUCUGGUUAUGGAGAACCUACCUCCGGAGAUCGAGCUGACAGCUGGCUACGGAGAGCCCGUUCGCCGGGUUGAAGUGAUCAAACCCCUGGAGAAGAUCAUUACACCAUCUGGAAAGACCAUCCUCGACUUUGGCCAAAACCUGGUCGGAUAUCUUCGCCUUCGAAACAUCAAAGGUCCUCGUGGACACAAGAUCACGCUUCGCCAUGCCGAAGUCCUAGAGAACGGAGAACUUGGCACGCGUCCGCUCCGCAUUUGCAAGGCGACCGACGAGUAUACCCUGAAAGGUGAUGAGGGUGGCGAGUCCUACGAGCCUCGAUUCACAUUUCACGGGUUCCGAUACGCCGAGAUUGAUGGAUGGGUCGGUGAUCUGAACUUGGAGUCAAUCGAAGCCGUCGUCUGCCAUACUGAUAUGAAGCCCGUUGGUGAAUUUGAGUGUUCGGAGCCCUUGCUCAAUCAACUGUACAAGAACGUCGUCUGGGGAAUGCGAGGAAACUUCCUAUCCGUUCCCACUGAUUGCCCUCAACGCGACGAAAGACUCGGUUGGUCCGGAGACUUGGCCCUCUUCGCCCCGACUGCGACUCUCAUCUACGACUGCUUCGGCAUGUUGAAGAACUGGCUGAUUGACCUGGAGCACGAUCAAACUAUUCUUGGGGGAGUACCGCCCAUGGUCAGCCCCAACUCAACUAUCCCAGAUCCUAUCUGGUGUAGGAGAGUGCCUUGUGCUAUUUGGCAUGAUGUCACGAUUCUUGCGCCUUGGGCUCUUUAUCAAGAGACGGGGGAUGAGAGUAUCCUUGCGCAGCAGUACAAUAGCAUGACGACUUGGAUGAAGGUGCUCCCACGAAAAGACCAUUUGUGGGAUCCGAAGCCGUUUCAACUGGGAGACUGGCUUGACCCAGCAGCACCUCCCGAUGCCCCAUGGAAGGGAGCGACGGACGCCAAAAUGGUGGCCAACAUGUUUCUCAUCCAGAGUCUAGACUUAAUGGUCAAGAUAUCAGCCAUACUCGGCCAUCACGACGAGAGUGCCAAGUUCCAAGCCGAGUCCGACGCUGCUCGGGGCGCAUUCCAAGAUGAAUACGUCACACGCAACGGACGUCUAGUCUCCGACUCUCAAGCGGCAUACGCUUUGGCAAUUUGUCUAAACGUUCUUUCCCCUGCACAGAAGAAACACGCGGCGGAUAGACUUGCGUGGCUGGUGCGAAAGAACAACUUCAGGAUCGGAACAGGCUUUGCUGGAACACCGUAUCUCUGCGAAGCUCUCGCCUCCACAGGCCAUUCCCAAGUUGCUUAUGCCACGCUGCUUGAGAAAGGCUGCCCCUCAUGGCUUUACCCCGUUACCAUGGGUGCAACUACCAUGUGGGAGAGGUGGGAUAGCAUGCUACCGGAUGGUUCCAUCAAUCCAGGCGAGAUGACUUCGUUUAACCACUACGCCUUCGGUGCCAUUGCCAAGUUUCUGUACGAAAGACUUGCCGGACUACAGCGGGUCGAGCCAGGGUGGAAACGAUGCCGAAUUGCUCCCACUAUUGGGGCUGAAUUUACAAGUGCCUCAGCAUCUCACAUUACUCCUUACGGCAAGAUUUCCUGUUCUUGGGAGACAUCACCAGUUAUGGAGUCGCCUCAGAGCGAGAGCAUCAGGUUUCGGGUCACAGUGCCCCCCAAUACUACUGCUGAAGUGGUUAUUCCUGGGAAGGAUGGAGAGAGAACGGAAAUUGUAGGGUCCGGCGAGUGGGAUUUUGAGUCUGUUUUUGAAAGAGACGGCUCAUGGCCAGUCUUGGCCUUGCCACCAAAGUCUUAG